GAACUAACUUUUGAUAAAUAAGUAGACGGAUUAGAAGAAGAAAUCCCUCUCCUUGUCUCCACCUGCUAUUAUUCUCAAUCUCCGCCGAUGCACAUUACAGAGAGCCGUAUCGUCGGGAAUCUGCACUGAAGGAAACAAAUAUCGCGAACCAUCGUCGUUUUGGCCUCUUCUGCUCAAUUGCAAUAACAACAACCAUCAUAAAAUGAAGCAAAUAAAGGAUCCAUUCGAGGCAGCAUACGAAGAGCAGCAGCAAGAGGAAGAUGAAUCGCCACCCGAAUCGCCUAUUGGCGACUCAUUAUUACAUUCUCAGACACCACCACUACCGGUUUCCACCACUUCUCAGGAGCACCACCACCACCACCACCCAGUUGUUCAUAUUGUGGCAGACGAAGAUGAUGACUAUGAUGAUUAUGAUGAUCAAUUUGGCACCACCAGUAGUGCUGCUACUGCUGCUGAUGGGGUGCAUUCUAGUGUUAACACUGACCCAUCAAGUUCUGCUGCUGCUGCUGCUAAUGCUUCUACCGCACCUAUGUUGUCGGGUUCGAGAAUUAACAAAGCGAAGAAUAACAAUAAAGAAGAUGAUGAUGAUGAAGAGGAGGAGAAUGUGGAUGUUGAGCUCUCUAAGUUUCCUUCUAGUUCUGACUCUGUUAAAAUGACUAAGAUGAAGGCUAUUUUAUCACAGUUCUCUGAAGGUCAGAUGACCAGGUAUGAAUCAUUCAGACGAUCUGCGCUUCAAAAGGCUAACAUGAGAAGGUUGCUAGUGAGCAUCACUGGAAACCAAAAAAUUUCUUUACCAAUGACCAUCGUUGUUUGUGGAAUAGCAAAAAUGUUUGUUGGUGAACUUGUUGAAACAGCUAGAAUAGUAAUGACAGAGAGGAUGGACACUGGGCCAAUUAGACCAUGCCACAUAAGAGAAGCUUUUAGACGACUAAAGCUUGAAGGCAAACUACCAAAGCGAUCAGUGCCAAGGCUCUUCCGAUAGAUAUUCCUACAUGUAAACUGAUUGGUAAAUUGCAAUGGUAACCUUCUGACAUCACAUCUUUCAGUUUCCUAUUAUCAAAUUUUAUGUCAUAGUUUUCAAAUUACAAGCAUUUGAGCUCCAAGAAAUGAAAUGUCAGAAUCUUCCCAGCCAGAAAGAUUUAGCUGAAACCCUUUUUUUAGCUGAUCAGGUCAGUAGUAGCCAAUGCAUAUUGCUUGACGGAAGGCCAGAAAUGACUAUAUAACUGAAACUAUCAGGUCAGAACUGGCGCUUGAUAAAAAUUCCGGUAAAAUUACAGUAGAGAAGUACAUUCAUAUACCAUUAUCGUUUUCUUAUUGCAAGAAUCUUUAUGUGCUUUUCGGAACAUUGGCAUUUUUUAAAUAAUAAUUUCUUAUUAUAGGUUUGAUGUA